ACUGUAACGUAAACGUUUAGACGAGGAGCCCGACCUGCCUCGCGCUACUCGCCGAGCUUCCCCCGAAUCUGCCGCAGUCACACCGGGAGCCGAGCAUGGGGUUCCUCCCGGAGCUCUCCAUCCAGACCUGGACGCUGAUCGUGUUCCUCGUCACUCUGAUCACAGUGUAUGGAUAUGCACCGUACGGAUUCUUCAAGAAACUGGGCAUCCCUGGACCCAGACCCUUGCCCUUUAUCGGGACGUUUCUGGAGUACAGAAAGGGGAUCCACAAUUUUGACACAGAAUGCUAUGAGAAAUACGGAAAGGUGUGGGGGAUCUACGAUGGCAGGGUCCCCAUCCUGGUAACCAUGGACACGGCUAUGAUCAAAUCAAUCUUGGUGAAGGAGUGUUAUUCUAACUUCACUAACAGACGGGAUUUUGGUCUAAAUGGAGCCUUGAGAGACGCCAUAACAGUGGUGGAAGAUGAGGAAUGGAAGAGGAUUCGAAGCAUACUCUCUCCGUCAUUCACCAGUGGGCGCCUGAAAGAGAUGUACUCCAUAAUGUUGCAGCACUCGGGUAAUCUGAUAAAGAGCCUUCACAAGAAAGCAGAGGCUGGUGAAGUCGUGGACGUUAAGGACAUAUUCGGACCCUACAGUAUGGAUGUCGUGGCCAGCACUGCCUUCAGUGUGGACAUCGAUUCUAUCAACAAUCCGUCUGAUCCUUUUGUAGCAAACAUUAGGAAACUGGUCAAGUUCACCUUCCUGACCCCCCUGUUUCUGCUUUUGGUUCUCUUUCCAUUCUUGGAGCCGAUGCUCGAUAAGAUGAAUGUGACUCUGUUCCCUGCCGAAUUAUUAGACUUCUUCUACAGCUUUCUAAAGACAAUCAAAUCAGACCGGAGUAAGAAUGAACACAAGAACCGAGUGGACAUCAUGCAGUUGAUGGUGGACUCUCAGAUGUCAGAGACAACCAAAGAGGAUCCAAGCGCCCACAAAGGACUGAGUGACAGUGAGAUCCUGUCUCAGGCUAUGAUAUUCAUCUUCGCUGGCUACGAGACAAGUAGCGGCACAUUGGGAUUUUUAGCCUACAACCUGGCCACUAACCCCGAUAUCCAAAAGACCCUGCAAGAGGAGAUAGAUGAAACAUUCCCAAAUAAGGCUCGGCCCACCUAUGACGCCUUGAUGCAAAUGGAAUACCUGGACAUGGUGUUGAACGAGUCGAUGAGGCUGUACCCUAGUGGCAAUCGAUUAGAUCGAGUGUCAAAGUCUUCUGUGGAAAUUGAGGGUGUGACCAUCCCUAAGGGAACCGUUGUCAUGAUCCCAGUUUACACACUCCACCGUGAGCCUACUUUGUGGCCUGAGCCCGAUGACUUCAAGCCUGAAAGGUUCAGCAAAGAGAACAAAGACAGCAUUGAUCCUUAUUCCUACCUACCAUUCGGAGCAGGUCCAAGGAACUGCAUCGGAAUGCGGUUUGCUCUCUUAAUGAUGAAGCUGAGCGUGGUGGAGAUCCUCCAGAACUUCAGCUUCGUCACAUGCAAGGAGACACAGAUUCCAUUGGAGCUGUCAACGGAUGGAUUUACCACGCCCAAGGACAGCAUCAAUCUGAAGCUGGAGCCCAGAGGAGCCCACUGCUGAUCCUCUGCCAGGCUAACUCUGGUCAGGACACAAGUCAAAAUGGCCAACUUGUGACACUUUCAAUAAAGUUAAUGUUAAAGCGUCUUUGAGACAUUUAGAAAAGCGCUAUAUAAAACCAAUUAGUAUUAUAUUAUUAAUAAGGAAACAUGACAUAAUAAAGUUGUAUUAUUAUUAUUGUACUAUUAUUGUAAUUGCAAUAAGAAAACUGUCCCAGCCAACAACUUGGCUACAAAAAAAAGUGUUUCUAUGUAUUGUAACAGACUAUAUGCAUUUGUGUAAUCUCUUUUGAUAUUAUUGAUAAUAACAAGUUUGCUUUAUGAUAAAUCUCCAUUCCUGAUCUUGCUUUUACUAAUCUUGUAAAAUUAUUUUUUACCACGAUCAAGUCCAACAUAAAAUUUUAAAUAUAUGUUUAACAAGGUAGUAUUAACAAAUAUUAUACUAUGUGGGUGAGACUCCGGCUUUGCUUGUUUCCAUGUGAUUAGUGAUUGCAUUUUUCUUUUUUAAUCUAUCCAAUAAAAUUGGGUCAACGUGA